UAUUGUACUGUAUUCCUUUGCCCAGAUGAAGAGAUCAUGAGAGUCUAUUAUAAAUUUCAACAAGCUAAGUAAACAAAAAAUGAGAGUUACAAAUCUCAAUUCUCACAUGCAUCCAAAUUGUUGCACUGUUAUUUCAAUUUUGUUUAAAUUUAGUUUAUGCAGCAAAUGGCAACACAUAGUAAUCUCUUCCUUUCUUCCUUGAAGUUAGUUAAUCCAUCCCUUCAAUGAAAAAUGUAAGAUUACCAAUCAAAUUGCAGUUUCUGAUUGCUUGCUCCGUUGACUGACUUAGUGAGACUCACAUAACAUCUAUUCUCAUUCUUCCUUCACUCACUCAAUGCUUUCUUUGGUUUUGUGAGAGUCAACACUCCAACAGGCAACCAUUCUAUCCUUCUUGCUUCUCAUGGCACUCCACUCUUCUUCCAUAAGCUAUGCAUGGAAAUACCACGUCUUCAUUAGCUUCAGAGGCGAAGAUACUCGUUACGGUUUUACUGGCUAUCUUUAUGAAGCUCUUUCUAAUAAAGGAAUCCACACCUUCAUUGAUGAUGAGGAUCUUCCAAAAGGAGAUGAAAUCACACCCUCACUUCUCAGCUCAAUUCAAGAGUCUAGGAUUGCCAUCAUUGUGCUCUCUCCUAACUAUGCUUCUUCUUCUUUCUGCUUAGAUGAGCUUGUCGAGAUCCUUCACUCCGUCAAGGGAAAUAAUUGGUUGGUUUUGCCGGUUUUCUAUAAGGUUGAUCCUUCUGAUGUGCGCCGUCAAACAAACAGUUUUGGAGAAGCAAUGGCUAAACAUGAGGAGACAUUCAAGAAUGACUUGAACAAGGUGAAAAAAUGGAAGGAGGCUCUGCAUCAAGUGGCUAAUUUGUCUGGCUAUCAUUUCAAACAUGGGGUUGGAUAUGAACAUAAGUUUAUUAGAAUUAUUGUGGAAGAAAUUUCAAGAAAGAUAAGGCGUGAAUCUUUGCCUGUUGCUGAUUACCCCGUCGGACUAGAUUCUCGAGUAUCAGAAGUAAUUUCACUUUUGGAAAUUGAAUCUAAUGAUGCCGUGCAUAUGGUAGGAAUACAUGGAGUUGGUGGAAUAGGAAAAACAACACUUGCUCUUGCAGUUUAUAACUUGAUUGCUGAUCAUUUUGAAGGUGUGUGCUUUCUUGAAAGCAUCAGAGAAAAUUCAAAUAAAUAUGGGUUGGUAUAUCUUCAAAAUAUCCUUCUUUCUCAGAUAUUAGGAAAGGAGAAAGUUCAGAUUGUAGGUGUUAGACAAGGAGCUCCACAAAUAGAACAAAGACUUUGUCGAAAGAAGGUUCUUUUGGUUCUGGAUGAUGUUGAUGAACAAGAGCAGUUAAAAGCUGUUGCUGAAAAACCUGAACGGUUUGGUUGUGGUAGCAGAGUCAUUAUUACAACACGGGACACACAUUUGCUAAAACUCCAUCGUGUUGAAAGGAUAUACGAAGUACAAGGUUUAAAUAAGAAAGAGUCAAUUGAUUUGCUUACUUGGAAAGCUUUUAAAAUUGAUACUGUUAGUCCAAGUUACACAAAUAUUUUAACUCGUGUAGUAACUUAUGCUUCUGGACUUCCAUUGACUUUGGAAGUAAUAGGUUCUAACUUGUUUGGAAAAGAUUUAAAACAAUGGGAAUCUGCAUUAGAUCAAUAUAAAAAAAGUCUCCAUAUGGUGGGAUAUCCUUCAAAGUAUUUGCCAUAUGAUUUUCAACCAAAGGAACUCUCCAUACUCAAGUUGCCCUAUGAUUUCUCUGUGUCAACCAAGUUGGAUAACUUAUUUAAGGCAAGUGUACUAAAUUCUUUUUUUUUUUCAUUUUGCAUGUAAGUAAGUCAUGAAAUUUAUUUGUUGACUCGUAUUUUCUGUUUUGUAUUUUUUCAGAACUUUGUUAAGUUGAAAGUUUUGAACUUUGAUUGCAAGAAUUCUUUGAAAGAGAUACCUGAUGUGUCUAGCCUUCAAAUGUUGGAAGAAUUAUCGUUUAAAAAGUGUCCUAAUUUAGUUACCGUUCACAGUUCGGUUGGUUUUCUAUGUAAGUUAAAAUAUUGAAUGCUAAAGAUUGCAACAAGCUAAGGAGUUUUCCAACUGUCAUUAAGUUGCCCGCACUCAAAAACCUCUAUCUGUAUGGUUGCUCAAGUCUCGAGUAUUUUCCAGAAAUAGCCGAAAGGAUGGAAAAUGUAACCCUGCUUGAUUUGGAUGACACUGGGAUAAAUGAUUUGCCAGAUUCAUUUUGUAACCUUCUUAGGUUGUGGCAGUUGAAAAUGAAUGGGAAUAAAAUGUGCACGAUACCAAAUGUCAUUUUCCUGAUGCCACGAUUGUAUUUGCUUGAUAUCCCCAAAACUGAAGGAGGGGAUUCAAGGAAUUUCGACUGACUUCCUCCUCUCUUUUAAGUGUGGAACAUGAUGGUUAUCAAUGGCUAAGAGAAGGGGGGUUGAACUUAGCCCCCUUUUCACUUGACAAUACUUGUUGG